GAUACUGGCACAGCUCUAUAAAGAGACGAUGGAGAAUGUACACCUUGUGCCAGAUGAUGAAGAUGACCUCUACUCUGGUUUCAAUACUUUCAACCCAGCACUGGCAACAAAUGAAUUAGAGCACGAUGAAGGUUUCCAGCAGGCAGUGAAAACAAGCCAUGGGAGACGACCACCACCUCCAGUUAGGACUCGUACGGGCAUGACGAGCUCGCUUGGACGCACUAGGCAGGGAUCUGCUGAGGGAGUGAGACCCAUGACGGCUGUCCGUGCCGUCGGUUUUACGUCUGCAGGAAAUAGGAACACGCUUACAGCCGGUGGAUCCUUCGACCCCCUCGGAGAAACUGCAUCUAGAGGUCCACCUCCACUUGAGAAGAAACUGGAUGACAGUCCGGAAGAUAAAAUCAAGAAGAUGGAAAAGAGAGUCAUGGAUUUAGUGGAAGAGAGUCAGUUUGCAAACAGCACUGGUGACCUUGUUCAGGGUCUAGAGAAGGCAAAACAUGCAGGGCGUCAGGAGAGACAGCUGGUGAGGCAACGUGAGCAGACGGGAAAUGCAAACCAAGAGAGUAACAUGAAUUUGGAUUUGACGUACACUGUGCUGUUUAAUCUUGCCUGCCAGUAUGUGGCCAGCGAAAUGUGGACUGAAGCUCUUAGUACCUUUCACGUCAUAAUCAAGAAUAGAAUGUUUAGUAAUGCCGGAAGACUGAAAGUCAACAUUGGGAACAUCUAUUUCAAACAGAAAGAUUACCCGAAAGCCAUCAAGUAUUAUAGAAUGGCAUUGGAUCAGAUUCCCACAUCACACAAGGAUGUCAGGAUGCGAAUAAUGCAGAACAUAGGAAUUGUGUUUGUGAAGAUGGGGCAGUUCCAAGAUGCUAUAACUUCUUUUGAGCACAUCAUGAGUGAGAGACCAGACUUCAAAACAGGAUUCAACCUUCUGCUCUGUUAUUAUGCUCUGAAUGAUAAAGACAAAAUGAAAAAGGCAUUUCUCAAGUUGUUACAGACUGAGCUAAGUAUGGAUGAUGAAGACAAGUAUCUGCCUUCUGAAGAUGCACACUCGAAUCUCAUCCUGGAAGCCAUAAAGAAUGAUUCAUUGAGGAAGAUAGAGAGGCAGAAGAGGUUGGAAGCCGAAAGGUGUGUCAUCACAGCAGCUAAGAUCAUCAGCCCUAGCAUUGAUGUAAACUUCACGGCUGGCUAUGACUGGUGUGUGGAACAAGUUAAGGCAUCUAAUCACGCUGAAUUGGCACAUAAUCUUGACAUCAACAAAGCCAUUGCCUACCUCAAGCAGAAAGACUUCAACAAGGCUGUUGAUACAUUGAAGGGCUUCGAGAGAAAGGACUCUAAACUUGCAGUUCACGCAGCAACAAAUCUAUCAUUCCUUUACUUUUUGCAAAAAGAGUAUGCAAUGGCAGACAAGUAUGCUGAAAUUGCACUGACAGGAGACCGCUAUAACCCCAGCGCUCUGGUUAACAAAGGCAAUGUGCUGUACAUGCAAGGUGAUGUGGAGAAAGCACUGGAGUUCUACAAUGAUGCACUGAACAAUGAGGCAUCCUGUGUGGAGGCUCUCUACAACCUAGGUUUGGUGUACAAGAAGCUGUCUCGAAAGGAAGAAUCCAUGGACUGCUUCUACAAACUACAUGCGAUCCUACGCAACCAUCCGGAAGUUAUGUUCCAGAUAGCGAAACUCUAUGAACAACUUGAUGAUCCAGACCAAGCCAUGGAAUGGUAUAUGCAGCUAGUAGGAGUGGUUCCCAGCGAUCCAACCGUGCUGAAAACAAUGGGAGAACUGUGUGAUUACAUCGGUGACAAAUCUCAAGCCUACCAAUAUCAUUAUGAUUCGUAUAGGUAUAUGCCUUCGAACAUGGAGGUGGUCGAGUGGCUGGGAGCAUACUUCGUUGACUCGCAAUUUCCGGAGAAAGCAAUUCAUUACUUUGAGAGGGCGGCCCUAGUGCAACCCAGCCAGGUGAAGUGGCGUUUGAUGGUGGCCAGCUGUCAUCGCCGCAGUGGAAACUACCAGCAGGCAUUCAACACCUACAAGCUGAUCCACAAGAAAUUCCCAGACAAUGUGGAGUGCCUGAAGUUCCUCGUCAGACUCUGUACGGACAUGGGCUUAAAGGAGACUCAGGAGUAUGCCAACAAGCUGAAGAAAGCAGAGAAGGCAAAGGAGUUGAGAGAUCAGAGGAUCAGCAGUGGCAGACGUCCUGGAAGCAGUCGCGGUUCACGCAUCAGCUCAGCCGAGAGCGAGCGUUCGUCUGCGUCUGGAAACGCGUCCCGCUCGCGGCCCCUCAGCACAGAGAAGGCAAAGGUUGAUCUCUCCAGCGCUGGCCCAUACGAGUACAGCAAGCAUCUAGAUGUUGAUGUCAGUUACAAGGAUCCACUGGGGCCGCAAAUGGAAAGACCAAGGACAUCAGCGAGGAGGAAGGAGGAGAAGGAGGAGGACUUUGCCGAUGAGGAAUUGGGAGAUGAUCUGCUGCCGGAGUAAGCAGUAUGCGGGAGAGAUACCAGAUGAUCUGCUGCCGGAGUAAGCAGUAUGCGGGAGAGAUACCAGAUGAUCUGCUGCCGGAGUAAGCAGUAUGCGGGAGAGAUACCAGAUGAUCU